AUAAAAUAAAAUCAUAUGGAAUACAAAACCGACUUCGUUUGUAUUCGAAUGAAUGCAUCGGCUUAUAGCUAUACGACAUCAGCAGCCUUUUUCUCUCAUGAAUAUAUUUUGUCAACGUCACAAUUGUUCAUUCCAAUGCCUUCUUCACAAGCAGAUUUACGCAUUUGUCUAAAGCAAAUUGUUUAUUUCAGCCAGUUGAGGCGCAGCUAUCCGCAAAGCGUAGUUGUUAAAACAAAGAUUCAGAUAAUUUCGUUAACAGUGUCUGGUGAUGCAGUGAUGCACUAGCAAUCAUCAUUUUUUUUAACGUUUGUUUUCAAAAGUUAUGCCUAGUUUUUAAAUGCAGCGUAUGCAAUUUUGCAAGAUCAGUUCAUGUUUAUUUCACUCCUCAUUUUGUGGAAGUACUUUGCAGAAAACAACUGAUUUUUUACGAUUUUACUUAGUUUUACGUUUGCUCACUUCUCUUAAACAUGACAAGAAAUCUCCAGAUCGCGUCUAUUGUCAACAUGAGCCUCGGAGGACUCUUUAUAUUAAUCGGCUUCGUAACUCCGGCAUGGAUAAUCGCAACAAACGCUUCGUGGGGCUUGUUGGGCGCAUGUGGUUAUUCUACAUGUAUAAGUUACGUCAGUCGUCCGGCAAAGUUAUCGGCAGCUCUGGCAUUGUUAGUUCUCUCGUUCAUAAUGGAAUUUGUCGGAGUAAUUUUAGUUGGGGUUGGGUGCGGGUGUUCUGGUCCAAAGAAAAACCUGAUUUUGGGUGGAUCCGUACUCUCUAUUGUAUCAGCAUUCUUCUCAGUCGUUGGGAUCGCAGUCGCUGUUUCAUUUUUCUUCAGCGUUUCCUCCACUGUUACCUUGGGCUAUAGCUUCGGAAUGACACUGCUGGGCGCCAUAUUGGCUUUGGUAGCUGGAAUACUGGGGAUCAAAGCUUACAAGACAUUUGAGUCGGAGUAAAGGUGUUUCAAAGAAAACCGCAUAUCGCCAUUAUUCAUUUGAACCGAAUAAAGACUUGGGAGUUUCUUGUUCAGCGCGGCUGUGCACUUUUUUUUAUUUGUGUAACCACAUAAACAAGCUGUCUUCGUGUAUACUAAAUAAUAUAUCAUUUUUAACCAUGGAUUUGGGUGGUAUUUUUGUUAUUUUACCUUCAUUUUGAAACUGUGUUAAAUUACGGGGACUAACCAAUUUUAAAUGGGUCCGGAGUCAUAUUAUUUACGGAAGCGCUAUGCAUUUGCUUACUCACUAAGUCACAAGUGUGUAUUCAUUUGGAAACCGAAUUAAGGUCCAAUGAAUAUAGUUUUACUUUUGCAUCAAAAUUGUUCCCGCACAAGCUUAAUUGUCCAAUUUAUGGAAUGUGUGGUGAUUUCUAAAUGAUGUCACAAUGCAGAUACAACUGUACUUUAGCUAUUAUCGCGCUGAUGUUCCGAUAAAAAAACUAUGUAACCGGAUAGCGAGAAUCUUUUAUUGAUGUGAACGUUUCACGCAAAGGGUAUAUUUAAACCUGGGCUUGCAUUCGGUAUGUCACUUUAUCUUGAGCAAGUAAUAAAUUUAGGCUUGCUGCAUUGCCAAACACUUUGUGUAUGGCCACCACUUGUAAAAGUAGAUUGCCAAUGCCAAGUAGAGCAUAUACCAAGACCUGUUCAUCAUAGUGCUUGUAUAAUACGUCUCCUCAUAAUUCCGCAUGGACCAUCUAGUUUUGUCAUAAACCACCAAAGCUCGCAAAC